ACUUAUGUCUCGCUGCCAGUCUGCAGCAGGAUCUCUAUCCAUUCAACACCCACACAAGGUAGAUUGUCACUGGAGGAGGACGGACAGGUUGAGUAUCUAGGCCUAGCGGUAGGAUUCGUAUCUAGCCGAGAAAAAUAAUACAUAAUGCUGAAGAUUCAAUAUGGAUUUGCCAGUCUGUUUUUGGUUGUAAUGAUCACUGCAAGUUUAGCUGUGAAACAACCAAAUGACAACUCCAACUUAGCUGACCAUAACACCGAUGGGGAGCAUAAUGUAGAAUACGACCAUCAAGCUUUUCUAGGUGGAGAGAAAGCGGCAAAAGCUUUUGAAGAGCUGACUGAGAGUGAAAGCAAGAAAAAACUUGCAAAGAUAUUACAGAGGAUAGAUAAGAACAAUGACAGCUAUGUGUCAACAGAUGAGAUGGUGAACUGGCUGAUAGAGUCUUUCAAAAAGAUUGAUAGAGAUGAAUCUGCAGAAAUCUUUGAGAUGCAGGACAAGAACCAAGACAGUAUGGUUUCUUGGGAUGAGUACCUACAAUUUGUGUUUGGUUUUGUGCCUGGAGAAGACCAUAAGCCUGAGUACUCUUACCAGAAGGAGAUCACACGAAAUGAGAAGCGGUUCAAGUCUUCAGACCUUAAUGGUGAUGGUGCACUAAAUAAAGAGGAGUACCUGCCCUUCCAUAAUCCACGGAUUGCUGAUCACAUGAAGGAUAUUGUCAUUGAGCAAGUGCUUCUAGAUUUGGACUACAAUAAUAAUGAAGGAGUUGACUUGGAAGAGUUCCUUGGUGACUACUAUAAACCAAGUGAUGGUAAUCUUCCAGAUUGGGUAAAGCAAGAAACAGAUUUAUUCAAGACCAUCCUAGAUGCUGAUAAGGAUGGUAUACUAAAGGGGGAUGAGAUCUAUGCUUGGGUUUCCCCAAAAUAUAAAGACAAUGCUGUAGAUGAGGCUUUGCACCUUUUAAAAGAAGCAGACGACGACCAGGAUGGUAUGUUAAGCAUGGAGGAGGUUCUUAAUCAUUAUGAAGUGUUUGCUGGAAGUCAUGUCACACACUAUGGCCAGAGUCUCAGUGGUAACAGCCUACUACAUGAAGAACUUUAAAAUACUAGUGAUUUUUUUCUAGUUUUUUAAAUUUUUAAAUUUACACUCAAUAGUUGGAAAGUAUUAUUCAAAUUAUCACUAUUUUUAAUAAUUUUGUAUUGAACCUCAACAGUGCCUUUAAAAAAUACCAGCUCCAGAGGGCGCUCUCUUAAUUUACACGGUUACACGUGUAUAUAUUACACAGUAUAUAUUAUUUUUGAUAGUUUUAAAUUAGAUCACUGUAAACAUUAUCCUCAGAGAGUGCCCUCUUUUUAAAUAACAAAACAAUUUAUGAUGCAGAUUUUUGUGUGUAUAUUUACAUAUCUAUCGUUAGUACUAGUUUGUCAAAUAAUAUUGUCAACAAAUGCUGCAUUUUUGUGGUCCAAUUUUUAUACAGUAUUAAAUAAUUUAUUUUUUUCCCCAGCAUAUGUUACAUUUCAUUCUAAGAAUAUACUUUUAUUUUAUCAAUUUUCUUUUAAUAAAUAAGACCAAAUAUAGCAUUUAUACUUCAAUACUUAACUAGACACGCUUGACCUAAUGCUUUGUACGUUUUCAGCAAAAAAAAACUAAUAAAAAACAUGGUAAUGUGAGCAUUGGUUGGUGGGCGGAGCUAAUAAUGACGAUCACCUGCGGAAGUCAAAGUUGACCUUACUUCCUGUGAGCUAAAAGCGCAUGCUGCUAAAGAAGUAGUAAACACACCGUGAAAGUAUGAAAUGGUAAAAGCCUAAAUCAUGUCAUCCUGUUGGUUUCAUUUAUGUUGUGGUUGAAAACUCAUGUAUUUCUCAUCCCCAUCGACGCGAAACAAAUACUGUAUUGUUAUUUCGUCUGUCCACAUUUUUUUCUUCGGCCCAAAUUUCCCACAAACGAACGAUUAAACAAACGGAGAGGUCAAUUUGGGUUACUAAUGGCUCAUAACUAAUGCUGUAUUGCGUUGCAGCUGAAAAGUGUACCACAAAACAUAUGUUUUCUGAAUGCCAACCCUAUCAAAUGCGUGUUAAAACUUGCUUUUUUAGAAUGCAUUCCUAACCAUGUUUUUGUUUUUUGGCCUAUUUCUGCUGGGAAAAUAACAUGUUUUUUAAUAAAUUUUUAAAAACAUGUGUUUUUUUGCUCAGCAGAAACAGGUCCAUAAUCCCUUUCUGUAAUUGGGGAGUGUACUUAAGUUGCUGUUGUAAGUGAACUAAAUGAUGUACAGUUUGCCCUACAAUUCAAAAUCACAGUUGGGACCUGAAAAUGUACAGUGGACUUUGAUCUCCAAUAAUAUAUACGGUUGGCUUGUACUUAAAAAAAUUAAGACUGUUAGAUGGUAUUUUGAAAGUGGUCUCGAAUUUAAAGCGGCCUUAAGAUGGAGUCAAACUGUAUUGAUAUUCAUCUAUGUCAACACAAAACUACAUUAAUAAUGUAUAAAUAUUUCAGUGAUCAAGUUCAUAUUCUAGAAAUUCUUCUUUUGAAAUCUUCUUGUACAAUAUUUUUUAUAUAAUUUAUUUUUACAUACAGAGUUUUUUUUAGCAGUGUAUUGUAUUGGUGCUAGAUUGUGCAGUAAUUAGAGCAAAAUUAAAAGUGAUUAUUGAUUCAUAAUUGUGAUUUUAUUGUUUAAAUAAGAUGAGAAAAAGAUGACCAUUUUUAGGAAGUCAUAAAUCCUAGUGUUAAAAUAUAUUUUGAGACCCAAACUAGGUUAGGUUGGCCAUGAUAAUUUGUAAAUUCGCUGGCCAUGAAAAAAUAAAUUAAUGAAAACUAUUUUAA